AAACACGUCACGAAGCGCGCGCGUCUCCUCCUCCUCCUGGCGGGGUCGCUCGACAGCAGCCCCUUCAGCCUGGCGCUGGCCGGCAAGUGCACAGCAUGGCCAGCAGACGAGGCCCAGGUCCGAGCAUGUCGAGGUCCCGCUCAAGGGCGACACUCAACGCACAAGGAGCUGCUGCCUUGACAUCCACAUUUGCCGCUUCCAUCGCCCUAGAGGGUCAUCCCACGCCAUCUUCAGAGACGCCCGUCGCAGGCAAACAUCCCCCUAUACAGCUCGUCAUCCUACGACCGACACUACCGGAUGAACUCGUCUUUGCGUGCACUGAGCUGGCCGCAAAGAGCGUCAGAAGCAAUGUCGAGCUUGUCGAGCAGCUGCCCCGAGGCGGUCCUGGUCCUCAGUCUAUGCUCUACAGGAGCUACCAGCGUAGAGUGGACAGAGAGCGAGCUGCCAGUCCUGCUCUGGAAGACGAAGCGUUCAGUAUACCCGACGAUGAGUCAGAAUCGCCCGACCAGCACUGGUCUUGGCACAUCGAGUUCACUAGAUCAGAGCAUCUCACACCCGGCAAAAGUCGCAUCACAGCCUCUCAUGACGACUUCAUCAGCCUGUCCCGUCGUAAUUCCAUGGACGAGGACGGCAAAACAGCAAUACCCGGGCCAGACGAGCUCUUCACCGUUCGCAUCACCUACAGCAUCACGUCAGACGCCAUGCGCGCGUUGGGUCAUAUUCUCGCAGUGACACGACGCGCCUACGUCUUCAUACCCUCUUCUCCCAUCGAUGAUCCAUCAUAUCAGCACGACACACACCGAAGGCAGCACACUCAUCCCACAGGCCGCUGGGCAUGGUCAGGUCGCGUCGGCGAAUUGCUCGAACGGUCCGAGCAGCGAUGUUUCGACACGGCCGGCGUCAUGAUCGAUUGCUCAAGAAAUGGCGUCCUGUUGCCUGCCGCACUCGAAGAUCUGUUGCGACAGUACGCUCUGCUCGGUAUCAAUAUGGUGCAGCUCUAUACGGAAGACACCUACCAGAUCGAGGAUGAGCCUUUCUUUGGCUACUUUCGAGGCCCAUACACCCAGGAUGAGCUUCGCCAGAUCGACGACUAUGCUCAUCAAUUUGGCAUAGAGAUCAUUCCUUGCAUUCAGACACUUGGCCAUCUCGGUCAGAUCCUUCAAUGGCCCCAAUUCGGCAGCCUUCGCGAUACACACGACGUCCUCCUCGCACAGUCUGAAGAAACCUACGAGCUCAUCGAGAAGAUGAUCACCACAGUUACCGCUCCUCUGAGAUCGAAGAGGAUCCACAUCGGCAUGGACGAAGCGAAUGGCAUUGGCGAAGGCCGCUUCAGACAGCUCUACGGCUACCAAGACCCAAUACACGUCUUUUUGAACCAUCUCGGACGUGUCAGAGAGAUAUGUCAGCGUAUUGGCGUCAAGCCUUUGAUCUGGUCAGACAUGCUCUUCUGCCUACAAGCCAAAGAUGCUUCUUUACGUGGCUAUUACGAUUCAGCCAAUCCGGCUACGCCAGAGCUCGUCGCUACGCUAACAAAAGGGGAAGAACUCGAUCUGGUCUACUGGGACUACUACCAUACCCGUCCGGAACCGUAUGCCAAUAAGAUUGCGGACCACUGGGAUCUCCUUCAGAAUCCGCCCUGGAUGGCCAAUGGCUGCUGGACGUGGUCAAGGUUCUGGUGUGCACUCAGCUUCACCUUUCAGACCAUCAGACCGUCCAUGCAAGCAGCCAAGAGCAGCGGCGUCAGAGAUGCAAUGACGACCAUCUGGGGUGACGAAGGCAACGAGUGUGACAUAUGGAGUGCACUGCCAGGCAUUGCCUACUUUGCAGAGCAUUGUUACACUCGCGAGGACGAGGUCGAUGUCGAGUUGCUCAAGGCCAAAUUUGAUGGCGUCUGCGGUGGUGAUUUCGACGAUUUCGUCUAUGCCUCAAAGCUCGACGAUCUAGACCCACAGAGCCAGCCGAGUGACAACAAAGCGCGGCUGGCGCCCAACAUGUCCAAAUGGCUUCUGUGGGAAGAUCCGUUCUACAGCCUCUUCUCGCCGCAGUACAGAGGGCGUGACCUCGAGACGCACUAUGGCGAUCUUGCCAACUAUCUCGAGAUGGCUCUGUCCUCUCAACCGACUUCGCGCACACCUUAUCUGCCACCCCAGGCUUUCGAAGAAGUACCUGCCAACGAGCACUUGCAAUUGCCUUAUCUUCUGUCAACCAUCCUAUCCAUAAAGUGCCAUCUCCGCGAUCGUCUCGUACAUGCAUACACGCACAACAAUCGAGAAGAUCUGGUAGCUCUUGCAGGCGAAACCUCAACGAGCCGGCUGAGCACGCUGCGAAUGCUCAUCGACGAUAUGCACACACAUCAUCGCGAUCUCUGGCACUCGACUCUCAAACCUUUCGGUUGGGAGGCUCUCGAUCUUCGCUACGGAGGUCUCAAAGCCCGUCUGAGCACUAUGCAAGACCGCAUCAGUCGCUAUCUGGACGAUGACGACGCAGACGUGAAGCAUCUGCCCGAGCUCGAAGCUAUCAAUCACCUAGUCUAUCCACACGUCGGUCCUGCCCUUAUGCUGGACUAUCAUCGCGUCAGUAAACCGCAGUACGUAUGAAGUCGUCAUCUGUCGUCAAAAACAUCGAUCACAAGAGGUUAAAGCAUUGUUGUACGACAUCCAGUAAGAUGAUACACGCAUUAUCGAACUGUUUACACGAGUGAAAGAGGACCUGCACCGCCUGAGGAUGCCCAUGUCCAUACUGUGUGCAGAGUGAGGAUCAUCACGAGCAGGCGAGCCAGAAGGUUCGAGCCUGCAAAUUCUGUCAGCUUCGGAUCAUCAUGAUGCGACAAGACUGACGCAUCGCAUACAGAACACGCUGACGAGUCGGUGCGCGCAUAGCGAGGAGCUCAUCAGCAAACGCCGCGUUGCCCUCGAUCGCUG